UUAAGGGGCGAACUAUAUGAGUCAUUUCUUUUAUAUAUCUUCCGCACGUACUGAAGUUCCACACAUGCUUGUACAAUGCUUCCACUUUGUCCUUUUCUUUAACCUUUGCUGUAAAUCCAUUACAAAAGAGAACUAUAUAUAGUUUGAUGAUGAAGGAUAAAAGAACUGUCUACAUCUUUAUCAGUAACUUUAAGUGAAGAUACGAGAAUUUUAAUAUCCAACAAGUAUCAAAUGAUAAAGAGAAAAAUAGAGAGUAGUAACAUAGAAAAACUAGUACUGCUGCUAUGUUUUAGAUGAGAUAGAACAGUAGCAGAAAACCAACUCAUCAUGUCAAACAAUGCAUUAAAUUUUCUUAUCUUGUUUCUCACUAUCUCCUUGUUUCCAUUCAUUUCUUCUCUAAACCAAGAAGGUCUCUCUCUACUUUCAUGGCUUUCAACUUUCAACUCCUCAAAUUCUGUCCCUACCACUACUUUCUCAUCAUGGGAUCCAACUCACAAAAAUCCUUGCAGAUGGGAUUAUAUAAAAUGUUCUGCAGCAGAGUUUGUUGAAGAGAUCGUAAUAACAUCGAUCGAUCUUCAUAGCGGAUUCCCUACACAGUUUCUUUCUUUUAACCACCUUACAACUCUUGUCAUCUCAAAUGGAAAUCUCACAGGUGAGAUUCCAAGUUCAGUUGGAAACUUGUCAUCUCUAGUUACUCUUGAUCUUAGCUACAAUACUUUAACAGGAACUAUACCAAAAGAAAUAGGAAAGUUAUCUGAGCUGAGAUGGUUAUCUUUGAAUUCGAAUUCGUUACACGGUGGAAUUCCAACCACAAUUGGCAACUGUUCAAAGCUUCAGCAGCUAGCACUGUUUGACAAUCAGCUUUCUGGUAUGAUUCCGGGAGAGAUAGGACAACUGAAGGCUCUUGAAUCGCUGCGAGCCGGCGGAAACCAAGGUAUUUUCGGCGAAAUUCCAAUGCAGAUAUCAGAUUGUAAGGCUUUAGUUUUUCUUGGACUUGCAGUUACUGGAAUUUCUGGUGAGAUUCCAGCAAGCAUAGGGGAGCUUCAAAAUCUCAAGACGCUUUCAGUCUACACAGCUCAUCUCACAGGUCAAAUUCCACUGGAGAUUCAAAACUGUUCUUCUUUGGAAGAUUUGUUUCUGUAUGAAAAUCACCUUUCUGGAAACAUUCUAUAUGAAUUAGGUUCCAUGCAAAGCCUCAAGAGAGUGUUGCUGUGGCAGAACAAUUUCACUGGAACCAUUCCAGAAAGUCUUGGAAACUGUACAAAUCUAAAGGUUAUUGAUUUUUCUUUGAAUUCUCUGGUUGGUCAGUUACCUUUGUCUCUCAGUAAUCUACUCUCAUUGGAGGAACUUCUUGUGUCUGAUAAUAACAUUUAUGGAGAAAUACCUUCAUAUAUUGGAAAUUUUUCCAUGCUGAAUCAACUUGAAUUAGAUAAUAACAAAUUCACUGGAGAGAUUCCACGUGUUAUGGGGAACUUGAAGGAACUCACUCUCUUCUAUGCUUGGCAGAAUCAACUUCAUGGAAGUAUACCAACAGAAUUAUCUAACUGUGAGAAACUUGAAGCAGUUGAUCUUUCACACAACUUCCUCACUGGUCCAAUUCCAAAUUCUCUCUUUCAUCUACAGAAUUUAACUCAGUUGUUGCUGAUAUCAAACAGGCUUUCAGGCCAAAUUCCACCGGAUAUCGGCAGGUGCACCAGCUUGAUCAGGUUAAGACUUGGAUCAAACAACUUUACUGGUCAAAUUCCCCAAGAAAUAGGCCUUUUAAGAAGUUUGAGCUUUCUAGAGUUGUCAGAUAAUAACCUUAGUGAAAAUAUUCCUUAUGAGAUAGGUAACUGUGCUCAUUUAGAAAUGCUUGACUUGCAUAAAAAUGAGCUUCAAGGAACCAUUCCUUCCUCAUUAAAGUUAUUAGUUGAUCUUAAUGUGUUGGAUCUUUCUUCAAACAGAAUCACCGGAAGCAUUCCCAAGAGUUUUGGUGAGCUUACAUCGCUAAAUAAGUUGAUUUUAAGUGGAAACCUUAUCACCGGUUUGAUCCCUCAGUCAUUGGGGCUAUGCAAGGAUUUGCAGUUGUUGGAUUUUAGUAACAAUAAGCUCAUAGGUUCUAUUCCCAAUGAGAUUGGUUACUUGCAAGGAUUGGAUAUUCUUUUGAACUUGAGUUGGAAUUCUCUUACUGGUCCCAUUCCAAAGACUUUUUCAAAUCUCUCAAAACUUUCAAUCUUGGACCUAUCUUACAACAAGCUCACAGGUACUCUCAUAGUACUUGGUAAUCUUGACAAUCUUGUGUCUCUAAAUGUUUCUUACAAUAGAUUUUCUGGUACUCUUCCUGACACAAAAUUCUUCCAAGAUCUACCUUCUGCUGCAUUUGCCGGUAACCCUGACCUUUGCAUUAACAAGUGUCAUACAAGUGGAAAUCUCCAAGGAAACAAGUCAAUAAGAAAUAUUAUUAUCUACACUUUCCUUGGUAUUAUCUUAACUUCUGCUGUUGUCACUUGUGGAGUUAUUUUAGCAUUAAGGAUUCAAGGGGACAAUUAUUAUGGGAGCAAUAGUUUUGAGGAAGUGGAAAUGGAAUGGUCUUUCACUCCAUUCCAAAAGCUUAAUUUCAACAUCAAUGACAUUGUCACGAAGUUGUCGGAUUCAAACAUAGUCGGAAAGGGCGUCUCGGGCGUUGUUUAUCGUGUAGAGACUCCAACAAAACAGCUUAUUGCAGUUAAGAAGCUAUGGCCAGUAAAGAAUGAAGAACCACCUGAGAGAGAUUUGUUUACAGCAGAAGUUCAGACGCUUGGAUCGAUACGGCAUAAGAAUAUAGUGAGACUUUUAGGAUGCUGUGACAACGGAAGAACUAAAAUGCUCUUGUUUGAUUACAUAUGCAAUGGUAGUUUGUUUGGAUUGCUCCAUGAAAAGAGAAUGUUCUUGGAUUGGGAUGCAAGGUAUAAGAUCAUACUUGGAACAGCUCAUGGUUUAGAAUAUCUUCAUCAUGACUGUAUCCCUCCAAUCGUCCAUCGCGACGUUAAGGCUAACAACAUCUUGGUAGGUCAACAGUUUGAAGCUUUUCUUGCAGAUUUUGGCCUUGCAAAAUUGGUCAUUUCCUCAGAGUGUGCAAGAGCCUCGCACGUAGUUGCAGGUUCAUAUGGAUACAUAGCUCCUGAAUAUGGAUACAGUUUAAGGAUCACAGAGAAGAGUGAUGUGUACAGCUAUGGUGUUGUGCUCCUUGAGAUGUUAACUGGAAUGGAACCAACUGAUAACAGGAUUCCAGAGGGUGCUCACAUUGUAACAUGGGUUAUCAGCGAAAUCAGAGAGAAGAAAAAAGAAUUCACAUCUAUUAUUGAUCAGCAAUUAUUAUUACAGUGUGGAACAAAAACACCAGAGAUGCUUCAAGUGCUAGGUGUAGCUCUUCUCUGUGUGAAUCCAUCACCAGAAGAAAGACCUACGAUGAAAGAUGUAACAGCAAUGCUCAAAGAGAUUAGGCAUGAAAAUGAUGAUUUGGAUAAACCAAAUAAAGGCAUGGUUAUUACCAAUCCAAAAGCAGCAGUUCAUUGUUCCAGUUUCUCAAGAUCAUGUGAACUUUUGAUAGAAUCAUCAUCAUCUUCAUAGUCAACAUAUUGAUUAUUAAACCUCUUAAUUUCUUAAGUAACAAAUUAUUUAUUUGUAUAGAUUAUAGUAUUAUAUAUCUUAUGGCAAUUCCAUAUUACAAUUGUGUUAUUUGUGUAGAUAAAAUCCUUCACUUGAAGACAAGUUAGAGAAGUGAAUAAUUGUGUCCUUA